AUGAGACAAACGAGAGUAGAAGAUGAUAUCAUUGAAGAUGAUGACUUAUAUGAAGAAUGUAUAAAUAAACAUAAUGAUGAAGACGUAAACAAGAACGACGAAUAUAAAGAAAUUACUGAUAAAAAUAAUGAUAAUAGAAAGUCUAUACACGAUUGUGAAAAGCCAAACAAAGGCAAAGAAAAA